CGCGGCCUCCGCGGCCUCCGCUACGUCACAUCCGGCCCUUGUGAUUCAGGAUUUCAGAACCCGCGGGAUGAAGUGCGUGUUUGUUACUGUGGGGACCACCAGCUUUGACGACCUCAUUGCGUGUGUGUUGGCGCACGACAGUCUGCAAGUACCAGGAUUCAUUGAAAGAAGACCUUGAGAAAGCAGAUUUUGUUAGUCACGCAGGUGCAGGAAGCUGAAGACUGGAAAAAAGAAAGCCACUUAUAGUGGUUAUAAAUGAAAAGUUGAUGAACAAUCAUAAGCUGGAAUUGGCAAAGCAGCUACACAAAGACGGGCAUCUCUUCUACUGUACCUGCAGGGUCUCAACUUGUCCUGGGCAAGCCAGCCCUUUGUCUCCUGCUCCUGAGAAGUGGCAAGAUUCUGCAGCGCUGAUUUCAACUGCCUUUUCAUGCCUAGACUUUGGGCUGCUUUCCGGAUACCUGCAUAAGCAAGCCCUUGUCACUGCUACCCAUCCUACCUGUACCCUGCUUUUUCCUUCUUGCUACACUUGUGUUCCUUUCUCACCCUCCCCAUCUCCACCCUCCGUGCAAAUGCAUAAAGGAUGGAAAAAGUACUGCGGCCAGAAGUCUCUGAAUGAGGCCACGAUGGAUGAAUAUUUAGGCAGCUUAGGGCUGUUUCGAAAGCUGACUGCCAAGGAUGCCUCUUGCCUCUUUCGGGCUAUUUCGGAGCAGUUGUUUUGCAGCCAGGUCCAUCAUUUGGAAAUCAGGAAGGCUUGUGUCUCAUAUAUGAGAGAAAAUCCACAAACUUUUGAGUCUUAUGUGGAGGGAUCUUUUGAGAAAUACCUGGAACGGUUGGGAGAUCCCAAGGAAAGUGCUGGCCAGCUGGAAAUAAGAGCUCUUUCUCUAAUUUAUAAUCGGGAUUUCAUUCUUUAUCGCUAUCCUGGAAAGCCUCCAACUGAUGUCACAGAUAAUGGCUAUGAAGACAAGAUUCUACUCUGCUAUUCAAGUAAUGGUCAUUAUGAUUCAGUGUACUCAAAACAGUUUCAGUCAAGUGCAGCUGUUUGUCAGGCUGUAUUAUAUGAGAUUCUCUAUAAAGAUGUAUUUGUUGUGGAUGAAGAAGAGUUGAAGGCUGCAGUUGAAUUGUUUCGAAGUGGUUCCAAGAAGAACAGGAACAGUGCUGUCUCUGGCAGUGAGGACGCCCAUAUUAACUACAAGAGUUCGACUCAGAAUAGGACUGAAGAGUGGGGUGCUUGCUGCAAUAUUGAAGAUAUACCAGAGGGAUACAAUCAAGGAACAGAAGAAACAAAGUCUCCAGAAAAUCCAUCAAAGAUGCUCUUGCCCUAUAAGGUGCUCAAAGCUCUGGAUCCAGAAAUCUAUCGUAAUGUAGAAUUUGAUGUUUGGUUGGACAGCAGAAAAGAACUUCAAAAAUCUGAUUACUUGGAGUAUGCUGGGAGACAGUACUAUUUGGGAGACAAGUGUCAGGUUCGCUUGGAAACAGGUGGAAGAUACUAUAAUGCUCAUAUUCAGGAAGUUGGAAAUGAGAACAGUUCAGUAACAGUCUUCAUUGAAGAAUUGGCAGAAAAGCAUGUUGUUCCGCUGGCUAACUUAAAACCAGUUACCCAAGUGACACCCGUUCCUGCUUGGAAUGCUCUACCCAGUCGGAAAGGAAGAGGUUACCAGAAAAUUUCCAGGGGCUAUGUCCCAGAAAUUGUUAUGUCAGAGAUGGACAUGAAGCAACGGAAGAAGAUGUUCAAGAAAGUCAGAGGGAAAGAGGUUUAUAUGACUAUGGCUUACAGCAGGGGAGACCCCCUCCUUCCGCCGAGACUUCAGCAUAGUAUGCAUUAUGGGCAUGACCCUGGAAUGCACUACUCACAGACAACUAGUGAUAUUAUGGCUAGUGAACAUUUUUAUCCUCAACAUUCAUCUCAGGCACAAGGUCGGGGAUUUGGGAUGCCCAGGGAUUCAUCUCACUUUAUAAACAGGCAUAACGUGGUGGGGCCUAAAGUUGAUUUUUACCCUGGUCCAGGUAAAAGGUGCUGCCAGAGCUAUGAUAACUUCUCCUAUAGAUCUCGUUCCUUUAGACGUAGUCACCGCCAGAUGCAUUGCAUGAAUAAGGAGUGCCAGUAUAGCUUUGCCCCAGAGAAUGGACAGAUGCCCAGGGGCUUGGAAGAAACCAUUACGUUUUAUGAAAUUGAAGAAGGGGAUGAGACUGCUUAUCCAACUUUACCUAAUCAUGGAGGAUCCUCUACAAUGAUUCUUCCUAAUCCAAGAUAUUGUGUCACAAGGCAAGGACAUAGCUCAGGCAAACAGACUUUGAGUUCAGAGGAGGGCGAUGGCCAGAGUGACAAUGGGGGAUAUCAUGAGGAAUAUAUUUAUCCUUCAGACUAUGAAACUUCAGGUGUUUAUAGCACAACUGAAUCUACAGCAAACUUGUCUCUUCAGGAUAGAAGACCAUGUUCUAUGUCUCCUCAGGACACAGUUACCUCAUACAACUACCCCCAGAAGGUGAUGGUAAAUUCUGCAGCAAUUGCAGCUUCCUGUGCCAGUAAUGUUCCAGCUCCAGUCUUAUCUAACUGUGCAACAGCUAAUCAAGCUAGUAGUACUACUUCAGUUUCCUCACAGAAUGCUGUACAGCCUCUAUUUGUGUCUCCACCUACACAAGGCAGGCCAGUGAUUGCUUCACCAUCCUACCCAUACUUAUCUGCUCCGAUGCCUGCUGUUGCUGCCUCUCUGCCACCACCACUACCACCUCCACCUCCACCCCGACCUCCUCCUUCUUUUGAGGUGGGAGAGGCUUCAGACUUACCCCCACCACCUCCACCUUAUUCCUGUGAUCCAAGUGGCAGUGAUCUGCCUCAAGAUACAAAAGUUUUGCAGUAUUAUUUCAAUCUGGGAUUGCAGUGCUAUUACCACAACUACUGGCACUCCAUGGUCUAUGUGCCACAGAUGCAGCAGCAACAGCUUCAUGUAGAGAAUUAUUCAGUCUAUACUGAGCCACCUCCUCUGGUAGAUCAGACCAUUCCUCAGUUGUACAGUGAGGUGGGGAGACAAGAUGGUGCACAGGCAGAAGCAUCAGCAAAUGAUACUUGUCCAAAUGCUGAUCCUGCACCUGUCCCUCAUGGAGCAGUCUAUUAUCCAGUGAUGUCAGAUCCCUGUGGGCAGCCACCUUUACCGGGUUUUGAUUCCUGUCUUCCUAUUAUGCCGGAUUAUCCAUAUGUUGCCUCUUGGCAUCCUGUUGGAGCAGUAUAUGGUGGUUCUCCUCAUAUUCAUGGUGCUACGAAUCCUGGGCCAGUUGGCUAUAUUGCUUCACCUUCCUCAGCUUCUCAUUAUGUACCUCAGAAUAUGUAAGAUUCAGCAGUAUGAAGUAUUCUUUCACUGCCAUUUUUCUUGCUGUUUUGGUUUCUAAAAACUGUUUUAAGUUAGUGUUUAAAAAAGUGAUUUAGGUGGUUACUAUUCUGUCUUUAAGAUUAUUUUGUCUUUUGAUUUAAAAUAGUACUUUAAAAUAAAGGAAUGUUGCUUUGGUUUGUGAAUAAGGAAAUUGAGAUGGAUGUACAGCUAGCCCAUGUUGAGCAUACUUCAUUGUAUUCAGCUGUCUUCCAGCUUGUCAACAUUAUAUCAGCUGAUAGUACCAAAUGAUAAAAGGAAUAAAUCAUACGAACUGUUUCCUUGGUUCAGAUGUCACACAUCAUAUUAAACUGCAAAAUUCAAAUAAUUUCCACUUUUCUCUAGAAAAUAAAACAAAACCUAGAGCAUUUGCUUCUGGGUAACUAACUUAAUAUUAAAUGAGAGAACUCUUCAGGUUUCUUAAGAAUUGUCUGAACUGAGUUGUGUUCUAUGAUAUUAAUCAGUUUCGAAGGCACAAGGUGCUCUGCUUUAGAUCUGUCCCAUGUGCUAUUGUUUAAUAUUGGAUUUAUGUAACUGUUUUACUGCACAGUAUUGAAUUGGUAUCCUUUGCACAGUUAGCAAUAAAUAAA